CUUAUAUCAAAGGGGACAGGGCGCUGCGGGCUGACGCUGGGCACGCCCUCUCUCUCAACCACUGACGAGGCAUGCAGUGUGGUACAGAACCGUCUCGCAGCGUCUGCCGCACAUAUAUAAGCCAUUUCGCGCGGGUGGUUCUACUGCCAAUAUGCACCAGGCACACUGGCUUCACGUGCCGCAUCUAUGCCCGACGAAGAGCCUAGAAGACCGGGACCCGGACGCCCGAAACUGCGUACCAGCUGCGAUGGCUGCGGCGCCGCCAAGCUGAGAUGUGACCGGGGGCAGCCCGAGUGUGGCCGCUGCCUCUCUCACGGCGUCCCGUGUGUCUAUGGCUUUUCACGCAAGAUGGGAAAGCCGCCGCGCCAGCGGCUUCGCUCGACUCCGACCCAGGCCUCCAGCGACCAAGCCACGGCCCCGGACGGGGACAAGCUGGACAAUAGCAGCACUACUCAAUCAGUCACCAGCAACACCAUUUCGACAGCCGCCGAUGUGCUCACAGCCUGGGACGCCGUGGACGAUGCCGCCACAGAGCUGUUCGUCAACCUCGAUGCCUUUGACCAGACGGCGCCGUCUCUAUCGGCUUUCGCUGCCCUCGAUUUCGCUGAGUGGCCGACCAUGGACCAGUUCAACGACAGCCUACUCUCCUCGGACCUACACCUCGCACCGACACCUGCACCACAGUCGCCCAAUUUGGGAGGCUACUCGCCCCACGCCACAUCCGCCACCCCCGCUGCGCCACUUCAGCCACAGCCGAAGAAGGCGUCGCUUGCCGACAGCGCCUUGACGCCGCUUACGAAUAUCCCGGACCACGACUGCCCUCGGGAGGCAUACGAGAUCCUGGGCAGCUUAUCCUUCUUCAACCUCACCAAGAACCGCCCGGUAUCGACAGCCAAUCGAGUGCCGUUGGACCAUGUGCUACGCCUCAGCCGGGAGGCCAGCGAGCGGCUCAGUCGCCUCCUGACCUGCUCCUGCGCCUCGUUCCCGAACCUCGCAUUGCUGUAUGCAUCGAUAAUUUCCCGCGUCUUGGUUUGGUACCAGCAAGCGGCCGUCUGCAUGCAGGGUGCGGCAGUCAUACCGGAUACAGCGCCGGCCCACGUGUAUACGACCCAGUCGUCACCCAUCUCGGGUGCCGCAUCCGGGGGCCCGCCUUCCACGUGCUCGAGCACGGCAGCUAGCACUUUUAGCACCGCCGUUACUGGAAAGCUUAUAUCGGCGUCACUGGCGCAAUCCCCCGGACUCUCCGUUUCCCCGUCCAGGAUUGCAGUGGGCACGUUUGACGUGGACGACUUGCGUGUCCAGGCCGCUUUGAAGAUCCAGUUGCUGUUGGGGGAGAUGCGAAGGGCAGGCCGUCUGAUCGAUCAAUUCACUUCACACACUAUCGGCGCCCAGCGGCAUAGCGAUGAGUCUACCCUCGGCGGCAUCGAUAGUCUGUAUCAGAAUCUCGAUUCGUGGUUGAGGGGAGAGCACUCGAGGAUAGCCAAUAUGAUGAGGUCGAGGUUGAGGGAGCUGAACACUUGAAGCGAGCGAGGAUUUUAUAAGCCUUCCUUUGGAACUAUGCCUUCAUGGGCA